AUGUGGAGUCUGGAGAGCCGUGCUGCUGGAGCUGGUGGUGCUACGGGCGCUGGAGGUCUUGCUGCUGCUGGAUCUGCUAGGGGUUCUGGAGCCACUAGUCCCGGAGGUGCUCGUACUCGAGGUACUGGAGCUGCUAAGCCUGGUGGUGCUGCUGGGGCUGGAGCUGCUGGAGGUGCUGUAGCUGGCGGUACUGCUGGAGCAGGUGCUGCUGGAGGUACCGGGGCUGGAGCUGCUGGCGCUGCUGGGGCUUCUGGUGGUCCUGCUGGAGCUGGAGCUGUUGGGGGUGAUGGAGCUGGAGGUGCUGCUGGAGCCGGUGCUCCUGUGGGAGCUGGAGUUGGCGCUACUAGAGCAGCUGGAGGUGUUGCUGGAGCUGGUGGUGCUGCUGGCGUGGGAGCUCCCGCUGGGGGUGCUGGUGCUGUCCCUGCUGGUUCUGGAGGCGCUGCGUGGCCGCGGCCGUACUACGUUCCGCUCCUUCAGCAGGUUCUUGGUCUCCCGCCUUCUACUGGUCCCGCUCCUUCCUUAGAGAGUCCACCGCCUGUCCAGUCGCAGUCACAGUUACAGUCCGCCUCCCCACUGCCUGCUCCUCCUUACACUGGUCCGACCGGAGGUCUUGCUGAGCGUCGUGAGCCUGUGUCUCGUCCUGCGUCGCCUGUUCGUGCUGCUAGCACUACUCGUCGUGGUUCACGCCAGCGUCCUCCUCCUGUCCCUGGCACGCACCGGAUGGCUUUGCGCCCUUCUACUGCUCCGCAGCGUGUCUCUCUGCCGUCUCCUCCUGCGUCCUCUCUUCCUGCCCUUGCUGACCCGGAGUCUAACUCCCUUCGUGCUGCUAGUCCUGCUAUCACGCGUCUCCUGGCCACUGUUGUCACUGACCCUUCCUUUGAGUCCACUGCUACGUCUGCCUUAGUUGCUGAGCUUGUCGACUUUGCUGCUCACUGUCGUCUAGACCACGCCGCGAGUCUUGUUGCUGAGUCUGAGUCUGUCUGUCCUCCGUCCGUCGGGGGUGAGUGUGCUCUUGGCACGGACGUCCUUGAGGACAGGCAGGAGGACUUUGAGUGCUUUGCAGCUGAUGUACCUCACCUCGUGUUCAUGCUGAUUGCACCUGAGGGAGACCCGGAUGCAUCAGACAUCCCGACCCCGCACUCUUAG